CCACCCUAUUGUGGCUAUCCGGCUACCGCGAAGCUACCGUGGGCCGAGGCAUGUCAAUGACCGACCGAAAGCUGGAGAUCAUGGGUGCUUGAUCGUUAGACACCUUUAUGUAGACUCGACCUUUCCUCCAUUUCGUUUCUUUUUCUCCCUUUACACAUCUUCCGGGAUAACCAAACCACAAUCCCAUCAAACAUGGCACACAAUUCAUACGGUCUCGCAGGGACUGAGGCGUCAUCAAAGCCCCUCCGCUUCGACGGCCAAACAGUCGUUGUCACAGGUGCUGGCGGUGGUCUCGGCAAGGCAUACGCUUUGUUCUUCGCUUCUCGCGGUGCAAAUGUUGUCGUCAACGACCUGGGUGGCUCGUUCAAAGGCGAGGGAGCAUCAUCGAAGGCCGCGGAUGUAGUAGUCGAGGAGAUCAAGGCAGCCGGAGGCAAGGCCGUCGCCAACUACGACUCGGUCGAGGACGGUGACAAGAUCAUCGACACGGCCAUCAAGGCCUUUGGCAGAAUCGACGUCCUGAUCAACAAUGCCGGAAUUCUCAGAGACAUCAGCUUCAAGAACAUGAAGGACGCCGACUGGGACUUGAUCAUGAAGGUCCACGUCAGAGGUGCAUACAAGUGUGCCAGAGCAGCAUGGCCGCAUUUCAGAAAGCAAAAGUACGGCAGAGUCAUCAACACAGCAUCCGCAGCUGGUCUGUUCGGUAGCUUUGGACAGACAAACUACUCUGCUGCCAAACUCGCUCAAGUCGGCUUCACCGAGACGCUCGCAAAGGAAGGUCUCAAGUACAACAUCCUCGCCAACGUUAUCGCUCCCAUCGCUGCUUCGAGGAUGACCCAGACCGUCAUGCCCCCAGAUGUUCUCGAGAACCUCAAGCCCGACUGGGUCGUUCCUCUGGUCGCAGUCCUCGUACACCCCUCAAACACAGAAGAGACAGGAAGCAUUUUCGAAUGCGGUGGUGGUCACAUUGCAAAGCUGCGAUGGGAGAGAGCCAAGGGUGCUCUGCUCCGUGCAGACGACAGUUAUACCCCCGGUGCUCUGCUCUCCAAGUGGGAUGGUGUCAACGACUUCAGCGAGCCUAGCUAUCCUACCGGAGUUGCAAACUUCAUGGAGCUGCUCGAGGAGGCUCAGAAGCUGCCUGCCAACCCCCCAUCCAAGAACCCCGACUUCAAGGGCAAGGUUGCUCUUGUCACUGGAGGUGGUGCUGGUCUCGGCCGCAUCUACUGCUUGCAAUUCGCCAAGUAUGGUGCAAAGGUUGUUGUCAACGAUCUGAUGAACCCCGACGACGUUGUGCAAGAGAUUCAGAAGCUCGGUGGUGAGGCCGUUGGUGUCAAGGCAUCGGCUGAGGACGGUGAUGCGGUCGUCAAGGCCGCCAUUGACGCUUAUGGCCGCAUUGACAUCAUUGUCAACAAUGCAGGCAUUCUUCGCGACAAGGCGUUUGCCAACAUGGACGACAAGCAGUUCGAUCAGGUCUUGGACGUUCACCUGAGAGGAACCUACAAGGUCACCAAGGCUGCAUGGCCCUAUUUCUUGAAGCAGAAGUAUGGUAGAGUUGUCAACACCACUAGCACCAGUGGUAUCUACGGUAACUUUGGUCAGGCCAACUACGCCGCUGCCAAGUGCGGUAUUCUUGGUUUCUCUAGAGCUCUUGCCAGAGAGGGUCAGAAGUACAACAUCUUGGUCAACACCAUCGCACCUAAUGCUGGUACAAACAUGACCCGUACUAUCAUGCCCGAGGAGAUGGUUCAAGCCUUCAAGCCUGACUACGUUGCUCCCCUUGUCGUCCUUCUCAGCUCUGACUUGGUACCCCAGCCUGGAACUGGUGGUCUGUACGAAGUUGGAUCUGGUUGGGCUGCUCAGACUCGCUGGCAACGUACCGGUGGACACGGCUUCCCUGUCGAUGUCAAGCUGACUCCUGAACAUGUCCUUGGACAGUGGAAGAGAAUCACCGACUUCAGCGACGGCCGUGCUGACCACCCCGCAGAUGGCAACGACGGCUUGAAGUCGAUCAUGGCCAACAUGGAGAACAGAAGCUCCGGCUCGAAGCCCGUUAAGAAGGAGGGUGCUAAGAACGACGAAGUCCUUGUCAACAUCGAGAAGGCUAAGAAUGCUAAGGCCGAAGGUACUGAAUUCAAGUACGACGAGAGAGAUGUCAUUCUUUACAACCUUGGUCUCGGUGCCAAGCGUACCGACCUGCCUUUCGUCUACGAGGGCGACGACAACUUCCAGGUCAUCCCUACUUUUGGUGUCAUUCCUCCCUUCAACGCAUCAUCUCCCUUCUCAUUCGACGAGAUUGUACCCAACUUUUCACCCAACAUGCUUCUCCACGGAGAGCAGUUCCUUGAAAUCAAGACUUUCCCUAUCCCUACCGAGGCUACUCUGGUGGCCUACCCCAAACUUGUCGAGGUUGUGGACAAGGGAAACGCUGGUGUUGUAACAUACGGCUCUACCACCAAGGACAAGAACACUGGCAAGGAGCUGUUCUACAACGAGUCCACUGUCUUCAUCCGCGGUUCAGGUGGCUUCGGUGGUCCUAAGAAAGGCACCGACAGAGGUGCCGCAACCCGCAUCUACAAGGCUCCGGAGCGCAAGCCCGAUGCAGUAGUUGAGGAGAAGACCAGUGAAGACCAAGCCGCCAUCUACCGUUUGUCCGGUGACCGCAACCCGUUGCACAUUGACCCCGAGUUCUCCAAGGUUGGCGGCUUCAAGACUCCCAUCCUCCACGGUCUCUGCUUCUUCGGCUUCGCCGGCAAGGCAGUGCUGCAAACAUAUGGUGAAUUCAAGAACGUCAAGGUCAGAUUCGCUGGUGUCGUUUUACCAGGACAGACCCUGGUAACUGAGAUGUGGAAGGAGGGCAAUGUCGUCGUGUUCCAAACAAAGGUCAAGGAAACCGGCAAGCUUUGCAUCUCUGGAGCCGGAGCCGAAUUGCGCAAUGCCUCGCCAAAGAGCAAAUUGUAAAUGGGGAAGGCCCAAAUGUCGUGAUCCUUCAAAGUAUUGUAGUAUUCUAGCGUUUGUUAUUUCUGAAAUGUCAUCAUGAACUCUCAUCCUUC